CCACCACCUCCGUCUCCACCGCUGCAGCCACAGGCGGCGGCACACAGCACACACCAUGUCCGACGCCACAUUCACCUCGCUGCUCUCGCUGCUCUCUUCGCCGCAUCCCUCGGCCAUCUCGCACCUCUCGCUGCUGCCCCCGCAGACGCUGCACACAUCGCUCGUCUACUAUCUCGGCCAGAAGAGCACGCGCUCCCUCCUGCUGCAGGCGCUCCUCUCGUCGACGUCGCUGGCGGCACUGCCCUCGCUUUCGCCGCUGCUCUUCUCCGCCGCCAAAACGGCGCAGAUCACCAGCCUGCCCAGCACCGAGCCGUCGCUCGUCUCCCUCUCGCUCCUCUCCGGUGCGCUGGCAGCGGCAGACACGCGCCGCAGCACGCGCCGCGUCGCGCCGGCGUGGGGCACGCACAUCGACGCGCUCGUCGAGCAGCAACUCGGCCAGGAGGAGAAGGACGCCGUAGCGCAGCUGCUCGCGAGCCUGGCGCCGCAGCUGCAGGAGGAUGUCCUCACGCCCAGAAGCGCCGCCCUCACUGCGCUCAUGGAGGACGUGAUCACGCGCGCCCUGCCAGAGGUGCUUAUUCCGAAGGGAGAGCAAGAUCUCCUAAAACACCUCUCUGCUUACCGCUCCGAGGCGCCCUUCAUUCAUCUCGGACCCAUCUCGAAUCUUCUCUCCACAAUCUACGCAGCUCAGGCGCGCUCUCUGUCGCCCGACGAGACCUACGCACACGUCUCUCCACUGCUGUCCCUGUUCCUGGAGCGCGCCGAGGCCUGGAGUCGCGAGUGGGAGGAUCAGACCCUGGACGAGGCUAGCCGGACGGAGGUGUUCGUCUACUUCAAGUCUCUGCUCUUCUCCGCUCUGUUGGUUCACGACUCGCUCCUCGACGGCCUGCUCGACGCGAUCCCGGCGCAGCCUUUGGUCCUGCCGCUCUCUGCCGCCACGCCCGCCUUGACGCCGCAGCCCGACUAUCCGCCAGGCUUGAUGACCUCGAACCUGCCGGUGCCCUACCUGCAGCUGAGCCAGACCGUACUGCGCACGCACGCUGCGUUGAGCUGGCUCGAGGUCUCAACGCAGGCGCUGGACCGCGUGCUCUUCGCCGCGUUGGACCUAGUAGCGCGAGACGGCAUCGCGGCGCUGGAGCUCACAGACAUGCUCUGGCCUGGGCACCUCGCAGCGCCGACAGCGACCGCAGCGGGCAAGGAGCGCGAGUCGAGCAGCAAGGAGAAGGACCAGGAGAAGCGCCGUCUUGCACGUCUCACGUUCUACUUCGACGCUGUAGAGCAGCUGCUGCCUAGCCUGCCGCCGACGACUCAGCGCCAGCUGCUGGGACAGGCUGAACCCUAUCUACACACGCCGGACUGGAAGCAGACGUACGAGGCAGCGCACUCGGUCUUCCUCGCCACCUUUGCGUCUCAGUCUCAGCUCUGCGCGGAAGUGGCGCCGUACUACGCCGGCGUGCUGCUGAAUGCUUUCGAUGCGCACAUUUCCGAGGAGCAGUUCGAGCUGGGCUACGUCACGCUAGUGGAAGCGGCGAGCGCCACGUCAGACGCGCUCGCGCUCCUGCUCUGCGACGACCUGCGCAGCGCGAUCGAGCAGGAGGAAGAAGCAGCGUCGGGCAAGAGCACAGGCGACGCAUUGACCGCUGCCGACGACAACCAGGCCCUCUCGGAGCCCGCGAUGCACGUCACGCCUCGACUGCAGGCGCUGCGCAGCACCCACAUUGCGCUGCUGCCAGCGCUGCACCUCGUGCUGCUGCACACGCACCUCGCCCACAUCCGCGCACACAUCCUCGACUCGCCGCCGACCAAGGAGCUGCGCGAGGCGCUGGCGGAGAAGACGUUCGAGGCGCUCGGCAAGCUCGACGCCGCGACGCGCGACGCCGGCGCCAUGUGGUGGACACGCGAGCGGGAAGCGUUCGGAGUCUGACCUCAAUGCUCACGCCUUUUGUCACCGCGCGAUCAAGUGUGACAUUCUCUGCGCGGCUAGA